AUGGCCACCAUGACAGACCUUGGUAGCACCGAGGUUCAACCUCCCCCGGGAAUCUCAACGGUCAACAACUACGAGCAGGACGAAAAGAAAGUUGCAAUCCCCCAAGUUUCUCCCUCCGUUUACAGCGAACAGACUCAAAGACCAUGGGUUGCCGGGCUGCGAACCUGGUUCGGACUGCCGCCAAAUCGUCAUUCUCCCCCACCGGUAUACCAACCGCGACCACCGCCGUCUUCGGAGCCGGCGUCGAUAGGCUCCAAGAUCUGGAAGUUUUUCAAGUUUCUAGGCCCAGGUGCUGUCAUCAGCGUUGCAUAUGUUGAUCCGGAUAACUAUCAAACAGCCAUCUCGGCUGGCGCCGAAUUCCAGUAUAAGCUGCUCUUCAUGGUGUUAGUUUCGAACCUAAUAGCCAUCUAUAUCCAAUCACUAUGCGUCAAGUUAGGAACCGUCACCGGCAUGGACUUGGCCCAAAUGAACCGUCGAUGGCUUCCCCGCUGGCUAGACCUCACCAUCUACGUCGUUGCCGAAGCAAGCAUCAUAGCCACCGAUCUCGGUCAAGUCAUCGGCACCGCCAUCGCCCUAAACAUCCUCAUUCCCAAGCUCCCGCUCCCCGCCGCCUGCGUCAUCUCCGUAGUCGAGACCCUGCUCGUCCUCCUCUUUUACACCGACACGGGCGAGCUCCGCCGGGUACGCAUCUUCGAAGCCUUCGUCUCCAUCCUUGUCGUCGUCGUCUUCGUCACCAUCUGCAUCGCCCUCUCCAUGGUAGACCACAGCACCAGCACCACCCGCGAAAUCCUACGGGGGUACGUCCCCUCACGCGAGAUCUUUGUUGACACGGGUUUAUACGCCUCGUGCGCCAUUUUGGGCGGCACGCUAAUGCCGCAUGCCCUUUACGUCGGCACCUCGCUCUCUCGCGCAAGGUUGUAUGAUUACGAUAGCAAGCAUGACCUCCCCUCCCCCUCUCCCUCUUUCUCUCCCCGGCAACAGUCCCCCAAUUCUAGCUCGGAGACUAUCGGGUACCGCCCCUCCCUCCGCGCCAUCAAAUCUUGUCUAGGCUACUCCAUCGCCGAACUAACCUUUACCCUCUUCACCGUCGCCAUCUUCGUCAAUUCCGCUUUACUAGUAAUAGCCGGCUCAGCCUUCUACUCCGAGAAUCCUUCGGAAGAAGAAGAAAUUUCCGAAGACCUCUACGCCCUCUACUCCCUUUUCAGGGACUCCAUCGCCCCCGCAGCAGGCAUCAUGUUCGCCGUUUCCCUUUUAUUCUCGGGAAUCAGCGCUGGUAUCGUCUCCACCAUGUCCGGGCAAAUCAUCAUGGAGGGGGCGUUGGAUAUCCGCCUCAACCCCUUCUUGCGGAGACUGAUUACCCGAUGUGUGGCGAUCAUUCCGGCGCUGGUGAUUGCGUUGGCGGUGGGCAAAGAUGGGUUGAGUAAAGCGCUGGUGGCGUGUAAUUACUUGCUGGCGAUUGCGCUGAUUCCCAUUACGUUUCCGAUUGUGUGGUAUACGUGUUGCAAGAAGUAUAUGCAGGUGCCGGCGGAUGAUGAUACGGGGACGGUGGACAUGAAGAAUAAUGUGGUGACGGCGGGCGUGGCGUGGUUGUUGUGGUUGUUGGUGGUGGUGAUGGAUGUGGCGACGGUGGUGUUGGUUGGGUUGGGGAUUACAAAGGAUGAGGGCUAA